AUGGCACGCGGCCGCCUUCGACUCACGGCAAGCCAGCAGCCUGGCAACCGUAAGGAGGUCUCCUUCGCGUUUCCCGACGGGGCGGACUCCAACAGCGGCGGCGACAUGCUCGUGAACCAGCUGCUGCCCAAGUACAAAGCCGCGAAGGCUGCCAAGGACGAGGACUCCAUCAAAGCGCUGGAGGUCGUCUGCCCUGCACUUGCAGCUGCAUUCCAGGCCCCUCCAGCAGAAUCACCAGAAGUACAGCUCGAGAGGCAGACAGCUUGCCUGCGACGCUUGCACGCGCAGCAGGAGAAGCUCAAGAACCAACUGGUGGCCAACGCCAAGGACGGCAAGGAGUUGGUGGGCAAGCUGGAGGAAAACGUCCAGGCCUGCGCAGAGACUCAGGCGGAAGUCACCCGCCUCACCAGCCUCACCACCACCGCCAGAGGCGCCAGCACCACCAAAUCGGAGAAAGACAGGUCCAGCGAGUCGGCCUUCCAGUUCCCCGAGCUGCCGGCCGAGGACGUCGAGCUCUUCACCCCUGAGCAGAAGAAGGCGUGUGAGGAGGCGCUCGGCCACGCGCAGAAGGCGCAGCAGGUGUACAAGAAGAACAUCGGGGAGCAGGCGCGCGAGGCGGCUGAGACCUUGCGCGAGCUCCGCGAGAAGGCCCAGCGCGAGGAGCCGCAGCUGCCCGAGCCGACCUUGGACUUCUCCAGCCCGCAGCACGUGGACGCGUUCAUCCAGAAGACGGCGGCCAUCAAGGCACGACGGGUCCCGUUCGGUAAGCGUCGCCAUGUCUCGAUCUUCUUCGGGGACGUGGCCAACUACGGGCCCAAGGUUAAGAAGUUCGUUGAAAGCGCGCCCUACGACCUCCUGGGUCCGCAGCAGAAGAGCAUCGACCACGACGCGCUGCAGGACAUCUCCGUCGUCCUCUGGAGGCUCCACUGCGCGACCUUCGCGUUCAUCGCGUGCUACCUGGACUGCUCCAUCGGUCUGGUUGGCAUCAACGCGAAGAAGCUCACCACGAUUAUCCGCAUUAUCAAGUCGCUGGACGUCCCCUGGCUGCUGGUGGGCGGAUUCAAGGCGACGCCGAGCGAGAUGAGCCGCUCGGGCUGGCUCGAUGCCUUGCAGGGCGAGGUCAUCACCCCCGAGGGCGUGGAGGUGACCUGCACCUCUGGCAAGGGCCGCAUCAUCGACUAUGUCAUCGUGCUUCACGGCUUCUGCCCCUUCGUGCAUCAAGUCUUACCUGUCCAGACGUUGCCGUGGGGGCCUCACAUUGGCCUCAACAUCACAAUCGCUUCGAGGCCAGCCUCAGUCCUCCUCGGGGUCCCAGUGCCCCCUGUGCCGCUUGUCACCCCAGUAGGAGAAGUGCGCGCACCAGAAGGCACCAAGAGGCAGCAGAGAGACCGCCAACGGCAUGCCCGCAGCAUGGAGGCCACCAACGACACUGAGGUGCUGCAGGUUGGGGAUCUCUUGACAGAGGAGACGGCCCACCUGCUGAGCGACCACUACACUACCAAGUGCCACUUUUGCUGCGAGGACGCCGACUGGGCCGUCAGCGUCAGGGAGGCCAAGGACAACGCGGCCUACUGCGAGGCGUCCCACACGAGCGACGCGCUGGCCAAGCACUACGCCGUCUGGACGAUCGCCGCUGAGUCGCAAUUGGCUGAGCUGCGCAACGUGGAGCCUCGACGAGGCGCCAGGGCCUCUGCCGUCACCAUGAAGCUCAAGGACCCGCACCUCCUGGACACGAGCAGGUGGGCGAGGCUGCACGCGCAGGGCCCCAUGGAAGAGGCGCGCCGCUUCCUGAAGAAGCUGGAGCACAGAGCGCUGGACGAGACCUGUGUCAACCCCUCUACGCUGGAGGAGCUGGCAGCGCGGCCGCACCACGACAGAGAGGGCCUGGUGACUGCUCUCAAGUCCUUCCCGAUGACCACGGGCAUUGGCGCGGACCAAUGGAAGCCGCGCCGCAUCCUCGCGCUCUCGGACCAGGGGCAGGACGACUUCGUGACACUCCUGAACACGGUGGAGAGGGGGCUAGCCUGGCCCCGCCAGCUGCUGAACAAAAGGUUCGCUCUCCUCCCGAAGGGCGACAGGCAGGUGAUCGGCAACGAGCGCGACAUCGGCCUCCUUCCCAUGCCCGUCCGCAUCUGGGGCCGCAUGGCGAAGACCCCGCUGACGGAGUGGCGCGACGCGGAGGCGGCCCACUGGGGCGCCGCCAUCAAGGGCAGCAGCGCGCUCCAGGCCGCCCUUAAGACCAUGGUCAUGGACGGGGCUCGGGCGCGCACCGUUUACAACGAGCAGGGCAACGUCCUAGUGGAUGUGGAGAGGUUCUACGGCUACAUGGACCUCUCACUCAUGACUGACCAGGCGAUGGCGCUGGAGUUCCCCGCGGCGGAGCUAUACCUGCGCUGCUUGACUUACACGGCGCCGCGCGUUAUCCGAGCACAAGGCGCCUACGCCGAAGAGAUCUACCCAGUCUGUUCCAUCGUGCCUGGCCGUGGCAAAGCCAACCAUUGUGCUGGGGCGUUGCUGUGCCGCCUCCUGGAGAAGGCCCACCAGCAAGCGCCCCUCGCCAGCGUCCGCCAGUGCGUUGACGACGUGCGCUCUAGGGUGGAGGGCCCCGCUGCUAUGGUGCUGGACCAGACCGAGCAGGUCAGUGUCAGCCUGGUGCAGGGCAUGCUGGACUUAGGCCUGCGGGUUUCUGCAACGUCCAUCCUCGCGAUGUCUAUGCCUGCUCACGAGCUGGAGGUUCAGAAGCACGUGCUCGCGGCCACUGGCAUCAAGAUCAAGAGAGCUAAGUGGGCCAAGGACCUAGGCAUCGACUGCAACGUGGACCAGCGGGCCAAGUACCGAUGCGCCGACCCAGCGGUGGGAGUUGCGCCCUCGGAGAUGAAGCUGAGACGAGCUCGAGCUGCUGACUUGGCAGGCCACGCGACAGGGGGCCGCUGCAUCGCCACGGUCAUGCUGCUUCCUUGCCAGGACGACGAGCCCAAAAUGAGUGCGCUCAUGGAUCAGGUCAAGAACUGGUUUCAGCCCUGGGUUGCGACUCCUGAUAUGCGUGGGCGUGUUCGACGGAGAUGGCGAGCUGUGCUCAAGAAGCUGAUCUGCACCAGACCGCGGGCCCGUUGGAAGUGCGUCACGGGCCCCAUGGGCGCGCUGAUCCUGUCCUUCCGCGAGCUGGGCUGGACACCUCGGGCCCCCGACGCGUGGGUCGACGACCAGGGCGACGAGUGGAGGCGCGUGAGCGACCACGAUUCCUGCGACGAGCUCUACCAAGCCCUAGGCGAAUCAGUUCGGCGCGAACUCUGGCGCGCCGCAGCCCAGCAUCCUGAAGGUCGUGGACUCGAGGAGGGCGGAGACCCACAGAAGCUGCGCCUCAAUGUCCGGCGCCUCUGUCGCAAGGACCAUCACCGAGAAGCCGGUGUUCUGGAAGCCAACGCGCUGGCCAGCACAUGGACAAAGGCUCGCGCCAAGGCUGCAGGCUGCGUGUGUGACUACGUAUGCAACAGAUGCGGUCUCUGGCGUGACACCAUCGGCCACCGCUUGAACGAAUGCACCGUGGACCGCCAGCUGGAGCACGAAUGGGCGGCCAGGACUGACGGCCUGUGCGAGGCCGCACUGGGAGACCUGAGUGAAGGAAAUAACGUUAGUUUUUGGACACGAGGGAUAGUUCCCCCGCCCUGGAACCCAGUGCCCAAGGCCCCCGAGUGA